GGGGUGGGGUGGAGGCAGGGCGGGGAAGGGAGUCACCGCCCCGCCCGCCGCUGCUCGCGCCGCCGCCGGAUGGUCCUCGCAGUGAUGCUCCGAGGGCAGGCACCUGCUGCUCUGUAAUGAUUCAGCCCCUUUCGGCCGCUGCUUAACACCACAGGAUGCUGUUGCUACUGUCACUGCUGCCUCUCCUGCCGCCGCCACUGCUGCUCCCGCCGCCGCCGGUCCUGCUUUUGCUUUUACUUCUGCUGCAUGACAGUUGUUUUCUUCAUCUAAGCAGACACCAGCUUCAGAUGCUCGAGGUGAGAACCGUGCCUUUCAGUUUGGGCUACUGGUUUACUUAAUUAACCAGCAGCUGGCUCCGUUUUGAUUUUGGAUCCUGUCCUCUUCACCAGCCGGGAUGGUUUGGAGAAGCCUUUAAAAGAACUGGAAAAGUGGCCCCAAAACGACACUUAAAGAAUUAUUAUAACAUACUCUGAUUUUGUAGUUGCUGGGAGCUUUUUGUUUUUCUUUUUUCUUGUUUUACUUCUUCCUCCUGAACUCCUCUUGCUUUUGAUAAUGGCCUUGGACUUGGACUCGGACGACUUAUCGAUUUCCUUCUGGAAGAUGCUGUAUCAUUUUCCUGGGGGGGGGCCUGCAUGGUAAUGGACUGUGAGAGGAGAGGCUGGGCCUUCUGGAGGGAGCCGAUGGAGAUUUAUUCCCCAGACAUGUCUGAGGGAGCUGCUGAGAGGUCCUCCAGCCCCUCCACUCAACUGAGUGAAGACCCAUCUCUCGAUGGACUUCCGGCAGCUGAAGACAUGCCAGAGACCCAGACAGAAGACGGGAGCCCCCCUGGACUCGUGGGCCUGGCCGUGCCCUGCUGUGUGUACCUGGAGACAGAGCGCCUGAGAGGCUGCCUCAACUCAGAGAAAAUCUGCAUCGUCCCCAUUCUGGCUUGCCUGGUCAGCCUCUGCCUCUGCAUUGCCGGCCUCAAGUGGGUGUUUGUGGACAAGAUAUUUGAGUACGACUCCCCUACUCACCUUGACCCUGGGGGGUUAGGCCAGGACCCUAUUAUUUCUUUGGAUCCAACUGCUGCCUCAGCUGUGUGGGUUUCAUCUGAGGCAGAUCCUUCACCUGUCUCUAGGGCUCAAUCUGAAACUGAGGUUCAAGUUACCGCGCAAGUUGACAACGCUGCUGCGUCCUCUGAAGCUGCAGCUGCACCCACCCCGAAGAAUCGUAUUUUUGCCUUUUCUUUCCUGCCAUCCACUGCGCCAUUCCUCCCCUCACCCACCCGGCUCCCUGAGGGGAGAACACCCAAGUCGGCGACUCAGCCACAGACAACAGAAACUAAUCUCCAAACUGCUCCUAAACUUUCUACGUCUACAUCCACCACUGGGACCAGCCAUCUUGUGAAGUGUGCAGAGAAGGAGAAAACGUUCUGUGUGAAUGGUGGCGAGUGUUUCAUGGUGAAGGACCUUUCAAAUCCCUCAAGAUACUUAUGCAAGUGCCCAAAUGAGUUUACUGGUGAUCGUUGCCAAAACUACGUAAUGGCCAGCUUCUACAAGCAUCUUGGGAUUGAAUUUAUGGAAGCGGAGGAGCUCUACCAGAAGAGAGUGCUGACCAUAAGUGGCAUCUGCAUCGCACUGCUGGUGGUCGGCAUCAUGUGUGUGGUGGCCUACUGCAAAACCAAGAAGCAGCGGAAAAAGCUUCAUGACAGGCUUCGGCAGAGUCUUCGGUCUGAACGGAACAACAUGGUGAACAUAGCAAACGGGCCUCAUCAUCCUAACCCACCCCCCGAGAAUGUCCAGCUGGUGAAUCAAUAUGUAUCUAAAAAUGUCAUCUCUAGUGAGCAUAUUGUUGAGAGAGAAGCAGAGACGUCUUUCUCCACCAGUCAUUACACCUCAACCACCCAUCACUGCACUACGGUCACCCAGACUCCUAGUCACAGCUGGAGCAAUGGACGCACGGAAAGCAUUAUUUCAGAAAGCCACUCUGUAAUUGUGAUGUCAUCAGUAGAGAACAGUAGGCACAGCAGCCCCAGUGGGGGCCCAAGAGGACGUCUUAAUGGCCUGGGAGGCCCUCGGGAAUGUAACAGCUUCCUCAGGCAUGCCAGAGAAACCCCUGACUCCUACCGAGACUCUCCUCAUAGUGAAAGGUACGUAUCAGCCAUGACCACCCCGGCUCGUAUGUCACCUAUAGAUUUCCACACGCCAAGCUCCCCCAAAUCGCCCCCUUCGGAAAUGUCUGCACCGGCAUCCAGCAUGACGGUGUCCAUGCCCUCCAUGGCAGUCAGCCCCUUUGUGGAAGAAGAGCGACCUCUACUUCUUGUGACACCACCAAAGCUGCGAGAGAAGUAUGAUCAUCACCCCCAGCAGUUCAGUAACUUCCAUCACAACCCUGCACAUGAGAGUAACAGCCUCCCCCCUAGUCCCUUGAGGAUAGUGGAGGAUGAGGAGUAUGAGACCACCCAGGAGUAUGAACCAGCUCAAGAGCCUGUUAAGAAACUCGCCAAUGGCCGGCGGGCCAAAAGAACCAAGCCCAAUGGCCACGUUGCCAACAGGUUGGAAACGGACGGCGAUACAAGCUCUGAGAACAGUAACUCAGAGAGUGAAACAGAAGAUGAACGAGUAGGAGAAGAUACACCUUUCCUGGGUGUACAGAACCCCCUGGCAGCCAGUCUUGAGGCAGCACCUGCCUUCCGCCUGUCUGACAGCAGGACUAACCCAGCAGGCCGCUUCUCGACACAGGAAGAAUUACAGGCCAGGCUGUCUAGUGUAAUUGCUAACCAAGACCCUAUUGCUGUAUAAAACUUAAACACAUAGAUUCACCUGUAAAACUUUAUUUUAUAUAAUAAAGUAUUCCACCUUAAAUUAAACAAUUUAUUUUAUUUUAGCAGU